AUGAUAUAUAAUGGGAGAUGGAAGUGUGACAAGUACAAAGAUGAAGCUUCUUUAGCAGUUGUAAGAAUGGGAUGCGGACAUUUAAAGAAUUCAAGCUUCUUUGCAGCAGAAUUCCAAUUCCAAAACGGUACUUACAUCAAGUUCAGUAAAAUGGCUGAAUUUCAUGGCAUAAAUUAUCCAAAUUCUGAUAAUAUUUACUUAUUUAAUUACUUUUCAAAAAAUGAAAUCAAUAUGACAGAAAUGCUACUUUUUACAAAUAGGUCGCUGUACAAUUCAAAUGGAGAACCUUUUAAUGAUAUAAAAGAAGCAAAUUCAAAUCUUAACAAGUCUUUAUCAAUUUUCUAUCCUAAUACUUCAUUGAUUGGAAUCAGUCUACACAGAACCCCUAAUUUUUCCAGGGUUACUAAGUUCCAUCCUGGAUUUUCUUACAAUGGAAGCUGUUUAACUUGCGAAAUACCAAUUAUUUUCGAAUUAGAGUAUAUGGAACACGAAUUACUAGCGAUGGAAUACAAAAUCUUCGCUGUUUUUGCAGCAUUUCUCACGAUAUUAAAAUAUUAUGGUUACAAAUUAAUAUUACAACACGCAGAUACACAAGUACGAGCAAAGAGACUUUCAGUAUAUUCACUUGUUUUCAAUAUGUGCUAUGAUUACUCUUACAACAUCUUUUUCCCCAAUGAUUACCUUACUUUUCCAAGCCAAAACUCAUUGUACUUGUUCGUUUACUCUGUCAACGUAUUUAUCCACUUCUCUUUAUUAAUACCUCUCACUGUGAAGACGAUUUUGGCUCAAACAAGGUUUACUCCUGAAAAUUUCAGAGGACAAGGCGGUUGGUUGUUCACAAGGAUAUUCAUAUUGAUGCUUCUCAUUUCUGGAUUGAAAGAUAUCUCGUUUAAACAUCCUAUUUUGAUUAUACUUUUAAUUGAAGCACAAUUGAUACCUCAGCUGUUCAGAUCUAUCAAAGAUAAUGAAAGAGACUUCAUAUCCGUCCAUGGAAUUAUUCUAAUUUCUUUAAUUCGAAUAAGUCACAUUGCAUAUUUCGGAAUUUACAAAAAUAACAUCAAGGAAACAUAUUUCCCUAGACUGUCAUUGGUAAUUAUUGCUGCCAUUGUUAUACAAGUUGCUUUAAUGAUUUUUGUCAAUAAAUAUGGUUCAAAAUGCAUUCUUCCUAAGUCAUUACGUCCGAAAUCGUUUGAUUACAGAUCAAUUCCGAUUCCUCCGAACAGUGAAUGCGCAAUUUGUAUGUGCAACAUUGAAGAUGGAGAACCAACUAUGAUGACUCCAUGUGGACAUCCAUUUCACAGCCAGUGCUUGGAGAGAUGGAUGCAGGAACAGCUGGUUUGCCCUAUUUGCAGGGCACCUCUGCUUCCUGAAGUUUAA